GCAAAAGUUCAACAGGUUUUAAAUUCUAAAAAUCAUUAAAAAAUCAAUAUAAACCUAAACAAUACUACUGUUGCGUUCUAGAAUCAGUGCCUCAGCAACGAACAAUUCGUUUACUGGAUUUAUGAAUCAAUAGCAUUUUCUGUGCUCUUGUUUGAAUUUCGGAUCUAGCUUCAAUAUCAUAAAAGAUACAGAUGGACAGAUGGAAGGGACGAAUUGCCCUAGUUACUGGUGGGUCUAUGGGUAUAGGUGCUGCAACAGUGACUGCCUUGGCAACAAGAGGAAUGAAAGUAGUAACAUGCGCACGCAGCUUCGACAAAUUGAAAUUGUUGGCCUAUGAUCUAAAUGGAAAGGGGUUCGAAGUGCAUCCAAUCCAAUGUGAUCUCAGACAGGAGGACGAGAUUUCCGCUAUGUUCAAGGAAAUUAAAGAAAAAUAUGGUGGAGUCGACGUACUUGUUAACAGUGCAGGACUCGCUCUGAAUGCUAACAUCAUCGAUGGAGAUAAAGACAAGUGGAAGAAUAUGUUUGAGGUGAACGUCUAUGGACUGAUGUCUAUCACACAAGGAGCUGUGAAGAGCAUGAGAGAACGCAAUGUAGACGAUGGACAGAUAAUCAAUAUGAACAGUUUAUCUGGUCACAGAGUUGGUAAAAUGCACGUUUACUCUGCAACGAAGUAUGCCGUUGAUGCCAUCACCGAGAGCAUACGUUGGGAGCUCCGAGAUAUUAACUCGCAUAUAAGAGUGAUGCAAAUCAGUCCAGGUAUGGUGAAAUCUCACUUCCACGCUACUAUGCUUGGGUCAGAAAAAAAGGCAGAGAAGAAAUAUGCAAACUCUCAGCACCUGGAAAGUGAUGAUAUUGCUGACAUCAUUGUCUACUCCCUCUCCACUCCUCCACACGUUCAGAUACAUGAUGUGCUGGUCAGGCCAACUGAACAAGUGCCAUAACAAGCAUCAAGUGGUGUAAUCCUACAACAAGUGGUGUAAUCCUACAACAUGUGGUAUGAUCCUACAACAAGUGGUGUAAUAUAACAAUAAGAAGUGUAAUAUUACAAUAAGUGGUGUAAUCCUAAAUGUGGUGUAAUCCUAAAACAAUAUUCAAUAGGGUUCCUACAAGUGGCCUGAAUAUAACAUAGGUCAUGGUGACAGGAGACCUAAAUUGGGAUAGUUAGAAAAUGUAUUUAUGAGUUAACAAGGCACAGGGUGAACAAUAUCGUACCUUAAACAUAGCAGUGUGGGCUUGAUGACCCAGAAAGCAAGAUGCCUGCCGAAUAAAUAAUCAGUUCAAGAACUUCUUACCAUGUAACAUGUGUAAAAA